AUGUUACCGAAUAGAGGUGUUCGCUGCUCAAUACAGCACAUAUCCAUUGGAAGGAGGCGGAUAGCGGGUGUCUCUGGGAGACAGUUUUCUUCCGUCCGAUAUGACAUUACACGAGGAAAUCCAAUCCUUCCCGGGCGCGGCACCUUUACAACCUCACCGCGAGCGUGGUCUUCAAAGACGCAUGGUGUAGUGCUGGGUGCAACUGCGGUACGAUUUGCUUCUUGGGGUUCAUGGACAUCAGGACCCUCCUCUGCUACAACACCACCCCCGCCAGCCACGAAUCAAACUCCUAUACAAACCCCCUCAACGACUCCCACAACCUUCGACGAGACAGCCAGCUCCGCGACAGACCCCCUUCCAACCCCUCCUAUACCAGAAGCACCGUUUUCGGUGGAUUCGACAGGAGAUUUUGUAACACCGCUCGACAACCUAGACAAUUUCCUCGUAAAUGCCUCCAGCAUCUCCCCAGACCAAAUUGGAUACCUUCAAUCUUUAGGCAUUCAGUACUCAAGAUUUAGGCCGACUGGAUUGAUGGAAUUUGUGGUGGAACAUAUCCAUGUAUAUAGCGGUACGCCAUGGUGGGCGACAAUCGCCUUGACUGCAGUCGCAGUCCGAUGUGUUUUCUUCAAAGUGUUCGUAAAUGCUGCAGAGAACAACACCCGAAUGCGAGCGAUCAUGCCUAUUACGAAACCCAUCACAGAAAAGAUGCAGGCAGCGGCUAAAGCACGCGACCAGCAAGGUGUCAUGGUACAUCGUUCCGAGCUCCAAAUGAUUCACAAACGUGCAGGAGUCAGUAUUGUAAAAGGAUUCCUACCAACGCUACAGUUUUUCCCGGCAAUGGGUACCUUUUUCCUCCUCCGAGAGAUGUGUAAGAUUCCAGUACCAGGUCUUGAAACGGGCGGUAUUUUAUGGUUUAAGGACUUGACACUUCAAGACCCGUACUUUAUAUUGCCCAUGGCGGCCGCCACGAUGCUGCAUUUGGUUUUGCGGAAAGGUGGCGAGGCAGGUAAUUCCACAAUGGACCCUUCAAUCCAAAAAGCGAUGAUGUUCGGACUUCCAGCGCUGUCACUAGCAUUUACCUGGUGGUUUCCAGCAGCUGUCCAGCUCUCCUUCGCUAUCACUUCAACGAUAUCCUAUGGUCAAGUUGUUGCCAUGGCAAAUCCUACGUUCAGGUCUUUUUUCAAUAUGACACCCGUCCCACCACAAACCCCUACAGGACCUGGAAGCUCAAGCUCUUCCGUCUCUCAAUCCACGACCUCCACACCUUCCGUACUCUCCCAAGCUGAGCUCAAUUCUCGUUUCCAAGGAACAAGCACACCAAAGAAAUUGUUCAACGAGGCCAAGGAAGGCUUUGAGGGGACUUUGAAACUGGCGAAGGAAAAGAUGUCUGAAAGCACUGAAGACAGGGAGCGCAAGAGGGUGGAGGACUACGAAGCAAGGCGGCAAAAAGAAAUUGCACAGGAGAAGAUACGACGCACUAACCAAGCGCGGUCGAAGCGUCAAAGCAAAUUUUCGAAGUAUACGCAAAAAUAG